GCAUUGUUUACAAGCUCUACCGAGAAUCCCGCCUUAUUCAUCUAUGUGAUUAGGUGAUGUUUGGUUUUUAGUGUAAGUCAAUCAAACAUCAACGGUAAUUUUUGUCAUACUUAAUAGGCAAGAGACGGUCUCUCUUUAACUCUUGAAAAGAACAAGUAGCUCCAAUAUGUAUCUCAGUGAAGGCAAAAUGGAGUUUAGAUCUCGCAAAUUUUGGACCGAAGUCUUCGCGGAAUUUUUGGCCACACUUCUGUUCCUGUUCAUGGUCUGUGGCACAGUGUUACCGUGGAAUAACACUCCACCAUCCGUUAUACACAUUGCUUUCAGUCAUGGACUAAGUAUAGCGACUUUAGCGAUGGCGGUGUUUCACAUUUCGGGCGGACAGCUCAACCCAGCCGUGACCAUCAGCAUGAUGGCUGUUGGAAGGGUCUCAGUCUUAAAAGCUGUGUUCUUCAUUAUUGCCCAGUGUGCCGGAGCUAUUUGUGGAGCAGCUAUAGUUUACUACAUGACCCCAACUGAUUCUAUUGGCUCAUUGGGUGUCACAGCUCCUUCAAAUGGUGUCUCUACUGCGCAGGCGUUUGGAGUGGAACUCAUGCUGACUUUCAUAUUGGUUUUUGUGAUAUUCGCUGCGACCGACCCCAACAGGGGUAUGGCAGGAUAUGGGGUACCGCUGGCCAUAGGGAUUUGUGUGUUCAUUUGUCUCAUGCAUGGGAUUCCUUCAUCUGGAGCCAGCUUGAAUCCAGCUCGUUCUCUUGGUCCUGCCGUUGUUAUGAAUUUGUGGAGAGACCAUUGGAUUUACUGGGUGGCACCCACUGUCGGCGGUCUCCUGGCAACGUGCACCUACAAGCUGUUUUUCGCCCAGAGGAGAAACAACCGAAACACUUUGGAAGAUGAUAAUUACAAUGUGGAACUCAACGACAACGAUACAUCGAAGUUUAUGAUCUCCCCUUUUCUUCAGUUAGGAAGAAGUUAUCCUGAGAGAAAGACUUGUCCCAUCAAAGCAACUCAUCUGUUACGAAAUGACCAGACGCACACGUGUAUCAUGAGUCGUUUUUUUCCAACUGCGUUUAGUAGAUCGGCCAUGACAGACUUCGCGCUCCGUAAGCGCAAAUUUUGGACAUGCGUUGGGGCAGAGUUCUUAGCGACAACAAUUUUUGUUUUUGCGGUUAGCAGCUCGACGCUAACCGUGCAAGGGGACGCUACGGUCGUUGUGUUGCAUGUCUCGCUUACUGCAGGUCUAACUGUGGCGACAUUAGUGAUGGCGACAGGACAUCUAACGGGAGGCCUUAUAAAUCCCGCGCUAACAACUGCGCUAAUGGCUACCAAAAAGAUUUCGGUGUUAGAAGGAGUGUUUUACAUAGUCGCGCAAUUUCUUGGAGCGAUUUUAGGAGCAGCACUUCUAUAUGGUCUGACACCUGGCAAAAUGCGCGGGGCACUGGGAGCGACCACAAUCAGUAGCGACCUUAGUGCUAGCCAAGCCUUUGGACUGGAGCUCCUUCUCACGUUUGUGUUGGUGUUUACCAUAUUUGCCGCUACUGAUCCGGGCAGGGAACUUCGAGGAUACGACAUACCGCUGUCCAUAGGAGUGUGUGUGUUCAUCUGUCACAUGUGCGGGAUUCCUCUCACUGGCUGCAGCAUGAACCCCGCCAGGUCUCUCGGUCCUGCCCUAAUUAGAAACUUCUGGAAAGACCACUGGGUUUACUGGGUCGGUCCCGUACCAGGAGGAAUUAUAGCGGCAUUCUUGUAUGAAUACGUCUUCUCCACAAGGAGUGCUGGAGUUUCUCCAGCUUAAAUUUAUUAGCUGUGAACCGUUUCGUCCAGGGUCCAAGACCGAU